CUCUCCCACAGGGGCCCGGGUGCUUUCCUAGCCCUGGGCCUCUACAGCCUACUGAUCGUGGCCCUGAUGACCGCAGACCUCCUGCACUUCUGCAGCGGUCGGGGCCGGGGCGCUGGCCGGAGCUGUAGCCGCCGCAGGUCCCCCACUGGCUCCUCCGCUGCGCGCCCCCUGCAGGUCCCGGAGCUCACAAACUAGGUGCGCGUGCUAGAGGGGCGGAACCUCCUCCCCAGCGCCCCGCCCCUGCCGGGUCGCGCUCUCCUUGGUCCGCCCCUCUCUCACGCCGCCUCUGACUCAGAGCUGGGGCGCGUCAGCCACUGGCAGCUUCCAGAGCCCAGGGCCACCUCCGCCCCAGAGACUGCGCCUGCGCGGGCCCGGGACUUCGGCUCCGUGAUGACUGUGAGUGGUCCAGGGACCCCUGAACCCCGACCCGUCGUCCCCGGGGCCAGCUCAGUGGAGCAGCUGCGCAAAGAGGGCAACGAGCUGUUCAAAUGCGGAGACUACGAGGGCGCCUUAUCGGCCUAUACCCAGGCCCUAGGUCUGGGCGCGACGCCUCAGGACCAGGCCAUUCUGCACCGGAAUCUGGCUGCUUGUCACCUCAAGCUGGAAGAUUAUGAUAAAGCAGAAACGGAGGCAUCUAAAGUUACCCUCACCUUUUCUGAGGCUGAAGUACCCACGCAUCCCCCCACCUUCCUCUGGCCCUGGAGAUAUUUCCCUCCUGCUCUUGCCUGGAGACGGUGGCCUCAUGGGUGCUGACAGAGCUCCUGUUUGUGCUCAGCCAUUGAAAAGGACGGUGGGGAUGUCAAAGCACUUUACCGGAGGAGCCAAGCCCUAGAGAAACUGGGCCGCCUGGACCAAGCUGUCCUUGACCUGCAGAGAUGUGUGAGCCUAGAACCCAAGAACAAAGUCUUCCAGGAAGCCCUGCGGAGCAUUGGGGGCCAGAUUCAGGAGAAGGUACGAUACAUGUCCUCAACAGAUGCCAAAGUGGAACAGAUGUUUCAGAUACUGUUGGACCCAGAAGAAAAAGGGACUGAGAAGAAGCAAAAGGCUUCUCAGAACUUGGUGGUGCUGGCCCGAGAGGAUGCUGGAGCUGAGAAGAUCUUCCGGAGCAAUGGGGUUCAGCUCUUGCAACGCCUGCUGGACACUGGAGAAACUGACCUCAUGCUGGCAGCUCUACGUACACUGGUUGGCAUUUGCUCUGAGCAUCAAUCACGGACAGUGGCAACCCUGAGUGUGCUGGGAACUCGACGAGUGGUCUCCAUCUUGGGUGUGGAAAACCAGGCUGUGUCCUUGGCUGCCUGCCACCUGCUACAAGUUAUAUUUGAUGCCCUCAAAGAAGGUGUCAAAAAAGGUUUCCGAGGCAAAGAAGGUGCUAUCAUUGUGGAUCCUGCCCGGGAGCUGAAGGUCCUCAUCAAUAAUCUCUUGGAGCUACUGACUGAGGUUGGGGUCUCUGGCCAAGGCCGAGAUAAUGCUCUGACCCUCCUGAUUAAAAUAGUGCCCCGGAAAUCACCUAAGGAUCCCAACAAUAGCCUGACUCUCUGGGUUAUUGACCAAGGUCUGAAAAAGAUCUUGGAGGUGGGGGGCUCCUUGCAGGAUCCUCCUGGGGAGCUUGCAGUGACAGCAAAUAGCCGUAUGAGUGCCUCCAUUCUCCUCAGCAAGCUCUUUGAUGACCUGAAGUGUGAUGCUGAGAGGGAGAAUUUCCACCGACUCUGUGAAAACUACAUCAAGAGCUGGUUUGAGGGCCAAGGGCUGGCCGGGAAGCUACGGGCCAUCCAGACAGUGUCCUGCCUCCUGCAGGGCCCAUGUGACGCCGGCAACCGGGCCUUGGAGCUGAGUGGUGUCAUGGAGAGUGUGAUUGCUCUGUGUGCCUCUGAGCAGGAGGAAGAGCAGCUGGUGGCCGUGGAGGCUCUGAUCCAUGCAGCUGGCAAGGCCAAGAGGGCCUCAUUCAUCACUGCCAAUGGUGUCUCGCUGCUAAAGGACCUGUAUAAGCGUAGUGAGAAGGACAGCAUCCGCAUCCGGGCACUGGUGGGACUCUGCAAGCUUGGUUCAGCUGGAGGGACUGACUUUAGCAUGAAGCAGUUUGCUGAAGGCUCUACUCUGAAGCUGGCCAAGCAGUGUCGAAAGUGGCUAUGCAAUGACCAAAUCGAUGCGGGCACUCGGCGCUGGGCAGUGGAGGGCCUGGCUUACCUCACCUUUGAUGCUGAUGUGAAAGAAGAGUUUGUGGCAGAUGAGGCUGCUCUGAAGGCUCUGUUCCAGCUCAGUAGGUCCGAGGAGAGGUCGGUGCUCUUCGCAGUUGCUUCAGCACUGGUCAACUGCACCAACAGCUAUGACUAUGAGGAGCCUGACCCCAAGAUGGUGGAGCUGGCCAAAUAUGCUAAGCAGCACCUGCCUGAGCAGCACCCUAAGGACAAACCGAGCUUUGUGAGGGCUCGGGUGAAGAAGCUGCUGGCAGCAGGUGUGGUGUCAGCCAUGACAUGUAUGGUGAAGACUGAGAGCCCUGUGUUGACUAAUUCCUGUAGAGAGCUGCUCUGUAGAGUCUUCCUGGCUUUGGUAGAAGAGGUGGAGGACAGAGGCACUGUGGUUGCUCAGGGGGGAGGCAAGGCUCUGCUUCCGCUGGCUCUGGAAGGCACUGAAGUGGGACAGACAAAGGCAGCCCAGGCUCUUGCAAAACUCACCAUUACCUCCAACCCAGAGAUGACCUUCCCUGGUGAGCGGAUCUAUGAAGUGGUCCGGCCCCUCGUCUCCCUAUUGCACCUCAACUGCUCAGGAUUGCAGAACUUCGAGGCGCUCAUGGCCCUGACAAACCUGGCGGGGAUCAGUGAGAGGCUCAGACAGAAGAUUCUAAAGGAGAAAGCUGUGCCCAUGAUUGAGGGUUACAUGUUUGAGGAACACGAGAUGAUCCGCCGGGCAGCCACAGAGUGCAUGUGUAACUUGGCCAUGAGCAAGGAGGUGCAGGACCUCUUUGAAGCCCAGGGCAAUGACCGGCUGAAGCUGUUGGUGCUAUACAGUGGAGAAGAUGAUGAAUUGUUACGGCAGGCAGCUGCUGGAGGCUUGGCCAUGCUCACGUCAAUGCGACCCUCACUGUGCAGCCGCAUCCCCCAAGUGACCACACAUUGGCUGGAGAUCCUACAGGCCCUGCUUCUGAGCCCCAACCAGGAGCUGCAGCACCGGGGUGUUGUGGUGGUGUUGAACAUGGUGGACGCCUCUAAGGAGAUUGCCAGCACCCUGAUGGAGAGUGAGGUGCUAGAGAUCCUGUCAGUCCUGGCUAAGGGCGAGGAAGGCCCUGUUACUCGGGCUGCUGCAGCCUGCCUAGGAAAAUCAAUGGAAUACGGGCUUAUCCAACCCAACCAGGAUAAAAAGUGAGGGCUGCCCUUGUCCCAAGGCUCUCACACACACUACCUAUUGCACUGAGAAUAAGGACAGAAGCAGCUUUGGUUGAUGGGCCCUGGGAUACCAAACACUCUUGCCUCUCCUCCACAGCUGCACUUUGACAAUCUGUUGAGUUAUGGAUCAUAAUCAGUCAUACAGCCCUGCUCUGCCAGCACUGCCUUGAGCCUACUCACAGGGGCCCUAUUUCUUCACCGCUGUAGAGAGCUGGGGAGGGGCAUUACAACUCUGCCUGUGGAUUCUAGGCAUCAGGAAGGGCAUAUCAGUAACCUCUUAGCUGUGAGCAUCCUUUCAGUCUGUUAGGUCUGCCCCUCUAAUAAAGUGUAUGGUACUCAAA